AUGCCUCUGUCCCAGAGCUCCUAUCUGCCGCCCGCCGCCUUUGUCCUCAGCCACGUCCUGGGCAUCGCCGGCGUCCUGUACUGGAGGAGCCGGAGCAGAGAAGAUGAACGGGACAGAGUCCAAAAGAAAACCUUCACUAAAUGGGUCAAUAAACACUUGAUGAAGGUGCGUAAGCACAUCAAUGACCUCUACGAAGACCUGCGAGAUGGCCACAACCUCAUCUCCCUCCUGGAGGUUCUGUCUGGAGUGAAGCUGCAAACCGAGCCGCCGGUGCAGAGGAGCCUUCGCCUGGUGAGAGCACCGGCCUGGUGCCGUGUGAGCAGCGAAGAGCGUGAGGAGGAAGAUGAUGAUGAUGAAGAACCACGUGAGAAGGGGAGGAUGCGUUUCCACCGGCUGCAGAACGUGCAGAUUGCUCUGGAUUUCCUGAAGCAGAGGCAGGUGAAACUGGUGAACAUCAGGAAUGAUGACAUUACGGAUGGCAACCCCAAGCUCACCCUGGGGCUCAUCUGGACCAUCAUCCUCCACUUCCAGAUCUCCGACAUCUACAUCAGCGGCGAGUCCGGGGACAUGUCGGCCAAGGAGAAGCUGCUUCUGUGGACGCAGAAGGUGACGGCUGGUUACAUCGGGGUCAAGUGCACCAACUUCUCCUCGUGCUGGAGCGACGGGAAGAUGUUCAACGCCCUCAUUCACAGAUACAGGCCGGAUCUGGUGGACAUGGAGCGGGUGCAGAUCCAGAGCAACCGGGAGAACCUGGAGCAGGCGUUUGAGAUCGCCGAGCGGCUGGGGGUGACGCGGCUGCUGGACGCCGAAGAUGUGGAUGUUCCCUCCCCGGAUGAGAAGUCUGUGAUAACUUACGUGUCUUCCAUCUACGACGCCUUUCCCAAGGUCCCCGAGGGAGGAGAAGGGAUCAGCGCCAUCGAGGUGGAUUCCAGGUGGCUGGAGUACCAGAGCCGUGUGGAGUCCCUCAUCUCGUGGAUCAAGCAGCACACGAUACUCAUGUCAGACAAAUCCUUCCCCCAGAACCCUGUAGAGCUAAAGGCACUUUAUAACCAGUACAUACACUUCAAAGAGACUGAAAUCCCAGCGAAGGAGCAGGAAAAGGGAAGGAUAGAGGAGCUCUACAAACUGCUAGAGGUAUGGAUUGAAUUUGGACGCAUCAAGUUGCCCCAGGGCUCCCACCCCAACGAUGUGGAGGAGGAGUGGGGCAAACUCAUCAUCGAGAUGCUGGAGCGCGAGAAGCUGCUGCGCCCGGCGGUGGAGAGGCUGGAAUUGCUGCUACAGAUUGCUAACAAAAUCCAGAAUGGUGCUCUGAGCUGUGAAGAGAAACUCACUCUCGCCAAGAACACGCUGCAGGCUGAUGCUGCCCAGGUGGAGGCAGGCCAGGCGGUGCAGUACGAGGCAGACGUGGUCGUGUACCUGCAGGAGUGCGAGGGGCUGCUCCGCCAGCUGCAGGCGGACGUGCAGAUCCUGCGGGAUGAGAGCUACUACCAGCUGGAGGAGCUGGUGUUCAGGAUCAUGCGGCUGCAGGACGAGCUGGUGACGCUGAGGCUGGAAUGCACAAACCUCUACAGGAAAGGCCACUUCUCCACCCUGGAGCUGGUGCCCCCUGCCACACUGGGCACAACCCAGCUGAAGGGCGAGUCUCUGACGAAAGGGCUUCACACCUCCUCUGCCUCCUGGUUCCGGAAGCCCAUGACCAGGCCGGAGCUGGUGGCCAUCUCCUCUUCGGAGGACGAAGGCAGCCUGCGCUUCGUGUACGAGCUGCUGGCCUGGGUGGAGGAGAUGCAGAUGAGACUGGAAAGGGCAGAGUGGGGAACUGACCUGCCGAGCGUGGAGACUCAGCUGGAGACCCAACGGCACGUCCACAGCAGCGUGGAGGAGCUGGGCUCCAGUGUGAAGGAGGCCAGGGUGUAUGAGGGUAAAAUGUCAGCAAAUUUCCGUGCCAGCUACACGGAGACCCUCGGCAAGCUGGAGACACAGUACUGCAAGCUGAUGGAAACAUCGAGCUUCCGGCUGCGGCACCUGCAGAGCUUGCACGGCUUUGUGUCUCGGGCCACUGCAGAGCUCAUCUGGCUGAAUGAGAAGGAGGAGGAGGAGCUGGCCUAUGACUGGAGUGACAACAACCCAAACAUUGCAGCCAAGAAAAACUACUUCUCGGAGCUGACCAUGGAGCUGGAAGAGAAGCAGGAUGUCUUCUGCUCGCUGCAGGACACAGCUGAGCUGCUGUCCCUGGAGAACCACCCAGCCAAGCAGACUGUAGAGGCCUACAGUGCUGCUGUGCAGACUCAGUGGCAGUGGAUUAAGCAGCUCUGCCUGUGUGUGGAACAGCACGUGAAGGAGAAUGCUGCCUAUUUCCAGUUCUUCAGCGACGCACGGGAGUCCGAGAGCUACCUGCGGCACCUGCAGGACUCCAUCAAAAGGAAGUAUUCCUGUGACCAGAACACGAGCCUGACACGGCUGGAGGACCUGCUGCAGGACUCCAUGGAUGAGAAGGAGCAGCUCAUCCAGUCCAAGAGCUCCGUGGCCAGCCUGGUGGGACGCUCCAAAACCAUCGUUCAGCUCCGGCCCAGGAACCCCGAGCACCUCGUGAAGAGCACCAUCCCCAUCAAGGCUGUCUGUGACUACAGGCAGAUUGAGAUCACCAUCUGCAGGAACGAUGAGUGUGUGCUGGAGGACAAUUCCCAGAGGACCAAGUGGAAGGUGAUCAGCCCCACAGGGAAUGAGGCCAUGGUGCCUUCUGUCUGCUUCCUGAUCCCCCCACCCAACAAAGAGGCCAUUGAGGUGGCCAGCAGGGUAGAGCAGUUGUACCAGAAAGUGAUGGCUCUGUGGCACCAGCUGCACGUGAACACAAAGAGCCUCAUCUCCUGGAACUACCUGCGGAAGGACAUAGCCCUGGUGCAGAGCUUCAGCAUGGAAAAGCUCAGAUCCUUGGCCCAGGGGGAGUGCCAGCAAGCCCUGAAGAGCCUCCAGGCACACUACGAGGAUUUCCUGCAGGACAGCCGGGACUCGGAGCUGUUCCCGGUGCCCGAGCGGCUGCGCCUGGACGGGGAGGUCGAGGCUGCCAAGGAACACAUCCGGCAGCUGCUGGAGUGCAUGGAGAACGAAGACAAGGAUGAGACCGUUGCCAGGACGUAUCUGUCUGAGCUCAAGAACGUCCGUCUGCGCCUGGAGGAGUGUGAGCAGAGGCUGCUGAGCAGAGUGCAGUCGCCCAGCAGCGCCCGGGCAGACGCUGACACCAUCCAGGAGAACGCCAUCCGCAUGGCAGAGCAGGAGCACCUGCAGGAGGAUCUGCAGCGGCUGCAGUCAGAGCUGCGUGUUGUGUCUGAGAGGUGCUACAGCUUCCUGGAGAAGGCUCCCAGCGGCUCCAGCACACCCCACCUGCGCUCUGAACUGGACUUGGUGGUGAAGAAGAUGGACCAGAUGUAUGGGUUGUCUUCCAUCUACCUGGACAAGUUGAAGACGGUUGACGUUAUUAUCCGCAACACCCAAGGGGCAGAAUCUCUGGUCAAAGGGUAUGAGGUGAAGCUGAGCCAGGAGGAGGCAGUUCCUGCUGACCUGGCAGCCAUCCAGUCUCACCGUGCAGCGCUGCAGCAAUGGCUCGGGGAAGUGAAGGACAAGGGCUCCAUCUUCUCCACGCUGGAGGAGGAGAUGGCCAAGGCGAAGGCGGUGGGAGAGCAGCUGUACCAGCUGAGGCAGGAGCGCAGCAUCGACCUGGAGCGCUACCAGGACAAGGGCAGCCAGCUGUGGGAGCGCUGGCAGCGCCUCUGCGCCCAGAUCGACACCCGGCACACGGAGCUGGAGAGCAUCCAGGAGGUGCUGAGCGAGUACCGGCAGUGCCACAGUGCCCUGAUCCAGUGGAUCCAGGAGAUCACGGUGCAGCAGGAGCUGAUGAAGCCGGGGCAGGCAGAGGACAGCCGGGUGCUGGCGGAGCAGCUGAGCCAGCAGACGGCUUUGGCUGCAGAAAUUGAGAAGAACCAAACCAAACUGGACCAGUGUCAGAAACUGUCCCAGCAGUACUCAGCUGCUGUCAAGGACUACGAGCUGCAGCUCAUGACCUACAGGGCGUUCGUGGAGUCGCAGCAGAAGUCGCCCAUGAAGCGCCGGCGGAUGCUCUCGUCCUCGGACGCCAUCACCCAGGAGUUCAUGGACCUGCGGACUCGCUACACGGCGCUGGUGACAUUGACCACGCAGCACGUGAAGUACAUCAGCGACGCGCUGCGGCGCCUGGAGGAGGAGGAGAAAGUGGUGGAGGAGGAGAAGCAGGAGCACGUGGACAAGGUGAAGGAACUCCUGGGCUGGGCCCUGGGCUUGCAGCAGAGUGUGCAGGGCAGGGUGGCUGCUGCUGGGAGCAGAGAGCUGGGCGACAUCGAGAAGUCCAUCUCGGAGCAGCAGGCCCUGCAUGAGGAGCUGGCUGCAAAGAAGGAGCAGGUGUCUGAGGCCAUCAAAACUUCACAAAUCUUCCUGGCAAAACACAGCCACAAGCUUUCCCACCCGGAGAAGGAGCAGAUCUCCUCUCAGAUCGGUGCCCUCAAGGAGACCUACCAGGCCCUGUGCAGCAACUCCACGGAGCAGCUCCAGCAGCUGCAGAGCCAGCUGGCUCAGGAGGCAGAGCACAAGGGCAGCGAAGCAGUGGCAGGAGUGAUUGACCUUGGCACAGUAGAAAUAUUCCCUGUCUUUGGUGCCAUGCAGAGAGGUCUGAUAGAUCAGGACACUGGCCUCAUCCUCUUGGAGGCUCAGGUUAUCACAUCUGACUUAGUUGUUCCAGAGACCAAUGAGAAAAUCUCCUUGGAGAAAGGUCUGGCAAGAAACAUCAUCGAUCUCAGGACGUUCCAGGUGCUGCAGGAGUUGAAGGAUGCUCUGCACCGUGUGGAAGAGCUCAGCUGGGAGGGGAGGCAGCUCCUGCCUGUCGUUGCUGCAGUAGAGGAGGGGAGGAUCAGUGAGAGCAUUGGGCUAAAGAUUCUUGAAGCUGAGCUCGUCACUGGGGGCUUCAGAGUCCGUCAGGGCAGAAUCAGCUUGGAGACAGCGGUGCAAGAAAGACUCCUCACCCCCCAGCUUUAUUCCAGGCUUCUGUCUCACCUGCAAGGGGACAAGGAUUUGAUUGACCCCAACACUGCUGAGAAAGUCAGUCUGCCUGAGCUCGUGCAGCGAUGCAUCACCCACCAAGAGACGGGGCUGAGGCUGCUCCCCGUCAGGCAGCUGGCGGGUGGGAUGCUGAGCUCGAGGGCAGGCAGAGAAGUCAGCGUGUUCCGUGCCCUGCAGGAGGGGCUGAUAGACCAGCAGGUCACUGUCAGGUUGCUGGAAGCUCAGCUCUUUGCUGGUGGCAUCGUUGAGCCCAGGACAGGGCGCAGGCUGACUGUGGGGGAGGCUGUGAAGCUUGGCUUAGUGGAUGAGGAUGUGGCGUGUGCCCUCCUGGCCCGGCAGCUUCAGACAGGCGGCGUCAUCGACACCGUCACUGGAGAGAGACUGACCAUCGAGGCAGCUGUGAGGAAAGAGCUGGUGGCACCAAGGACUGCACUGGUGCUCCUGGAAUCCCUCUGGUCCUUCAUGGGGCUCCUGUGGCCAGAGACAGGGGAGAUCGUCCCGGUUGCAGAUGCUUUGGAGCAAGGAAUCCUGUCUGUGGAGCUGGUUGACAAGAUUCUGAGCCAGAGGCAGCUCAUCAAGGCUGUCUUUAUACCAGAAACCACUGAGGUGGUGUCCUGGAAUAAAGCAGUUGAACAAGGCAUCCUGGAGAGAGAUGUGGCGAAGAAGCUGAAGUCAACAGUGCUGCCUGACGUGCUGGGCUGUGUGCAGCUGGCUGGCUCUGCAGCUGGGAGCAGACACAGCCAGGGCUCUGCUGGAAGGAGCCCCCGGGGUCACAGAGAGCGAAGUGACCCUCUGCUGAGGACUGAUGAUGAAAGGCUGAUGUUCCACUUGAUGACCCACAGCUGCAUCAACAUCCACGAUGGCCAGAAGCUGCUUGUGUUGGAUGGAGAGCUGAACAAUGUCACUAAAGCCCUCACUCAAAGCCAAGCAAAUGGGUCCCGUGCAGACGUGUGGGAAGGCAGUGAAGGCUUUGAGGAGGCAAAGGCAGCUCUGGAAAGUGAGCCUUGGAAUGGUUUGGCUUUGCAGCAGCUUGAGUUUCAGUUCUCAAAAGAACAAAGUGAAAAGAUGUUUCCAGCCAGAAGUGCUUUGGAGAAUGGGGAGGUGGUGAUGGGACCUGAAAGCAUCCUGUCAGAGGAUGCAGAUGUCCUGCAGACUGCCUCCAGGAGCAAAGCUGAUGCUGAGUUUGGAAGAGAGCAAGAAGCUUCUGCAGGUGAGGACAAACAGGAGUUAACAUUGUCAAUGCCAGGACAUCCUGCUGACUUUGACAGUGGACUCAGAGGAACAGAAGAAAUGAUGACUGAGGCAGAAGAGUCCGAGUUUACUGCAGCAGAUGGAGUGGAGGGUACCAAAGACCAGAAGAAGCUGUUGGAAAGUGGGGCAGUUGUGAAAGGUGAAAUCUGCUUGUCAAUGGAUGUUUCAGACAGUAGAGAUGGACUGAAAAUCACGGCAGAGGGAUCUCAGGGUGUGGAGGAGCUUGAACUAGAGGCAGAAGAUGUUAGAGAGAUCUGUUUGCUGAAGGAGGAACCAAUUGAGAAUGGCAUGCAGGGAGGAGGGGAGGUUGUGCUCCCUGAAGCUGGAGCAGCAGAGCAAACAGAGAGGCAAAGUGAAGACGUGGGAGGUGUACUGGAAGUGGAAGAAGGAGAGGGGGAAGUAGUAUUGAGUGAUGAGAGUGUUGGUGAAACAUCCCUGGCAGCCCCUGCAGAGCAGGAAGCAGAGGACACUUUGGAAAGGCUCUUACUGCAGCUCCAAAGUGGUGGCAUCAUCCAUGAGCAGACAGGCAGGACUCUGCUGUUAAAUGAAGCAGUAGCCUGUGGAGUGGUGCCCAGCCACACAGCUGUGAAGCUCAUGGAGAAAAUGAAGAUGUUCAGUGGCUUCUUUGACUCUCAUACCCGUGAGUCCUUAACCACUGAGGAUGUCAUUGAAGAAGGUCUGAUGGAUGAGAAGCUUCUCCAGAAGGUUCUGGCAUCUGACAAAGCGAUCAGUGGUGUUCUUGACCCAGGCAAUAACUUUGUCUACUCUGUCAAAGAUGCUGCUGCCGUUGGCCUUCUGGACAAGGAAACUGCAAUGAGGAUCUUGGAAGGGCAAGUGGUUACUGGAGGGAUUGUUGACUUGAAACGUGGCAAAAAAGUGUCAGUCACUUUGGCUUCAAAUCUGGGCCUCAUAGAGCCAGGGAGUCAGAAAGAGCUGGUGAAGCUGGAGAAGGCUUCCAAGGGGAAAGGCACCGACGAGGUGACCGGACAGAAGCUCAUCAGCUUACAGGCAGAGACCAGUGGAAUUGUGGAUCCUAACACCAAGCAGCCUUUGACUGUUGCACAGGCUGUUGAAAAAGGGCUCCUGAAGAAAGAAAAGGCUUUUCAGCUCUUGACCAAGCAGGUUGUGGAUGGAGGAAUCAUCCAUCACGGGUCUGGAGUGAGGCUUUCGGUGAACGAUGCACUGACACACGGUUUGGUCAGUGAGGCUUUCCAUGAGGAGCUCAGCAAGGCUGAAAGCGUGUGCCUGCAGGUCUGGGCUCAUCCCCUCACGAAGGAGAAGCUGCCCUUGCCCCAGGCACUGUCCUUAGGGCUCCUGACUCCUGACUUCCAGAGGAAAGUACAAGAGAUCCAGGCUGGGAGUGGAAGCGUCUUUGAUCCUGCCUCUGGGCAGAGAGUGUCCCUGUGCCAGGCAGUGAGGGAGGGUUUAGUGCCAGAGCAGGUCGUGGACAAAGUGCUGUUGUCUUCAGAAAUGAAGGAAGGGAUUGUGGACCCCGAGACCUGCAGGAUCGUCCCCUACUCCGAGUUCAUCAAGAAGUGCAAAAUUGACAUUGAGUCUGGCCAGAGGUACCUGGAGGUUCAUCCCUUCCGAGCCGUCAGGGACGAGGUGACGGGGAGGAAGCUGCCGUGUGCCGAGGCCGUGGCGCUGGGCAAGCUGGACCCUCUGCCCGCCCUGAGGCUGCUGCAGGCUCAGGCCGACGGCGGCGGCAUCGUGGAGGGCGCUGUGAGCCAGAGGCUGUCCCUGAGGGCUGCUGUGGAGCAGGGGCUGCUGGGUGAGCACAUGGCCAAAGUCAUCGCCACCGAGCAGAUGAGGGCUGGGGGAAUUGUUGAUGCCAGUGGUGGCCAAAGGUUGACUUUGAAGGAAGCUGUUGAAAAAGAGCUGAUCAGCCCCAAAUUAGCUGCCACUCUGCAGGAGGCACAGCUGUCCAAAGGCAAGCACAGAUCUGAGGUCUGCAAAGGAGAUAAACCCAACCUGCUCCAGGAGAAAACAGACACAUUCUCUGCAAAAGAGGAAGAGGAAGAGGUCAUCAUCCCUGCCAGGGCUGCCAGGAGGUCUGAUGGUGCUGAGCAGGGAGCUGGGUCUGGAGCCAUGAGCUGUGACACAGCUGGAGCUGCAGCCGCGGCCACUGAGAGAUCCCCAGUGACACCCACAGAAGGGAAGCCACCACCUCGGGGAGCUUCAGCAGCCAGUGUAACACAGCAGCCUCCAGCAAAGGUUGAGCUGACUCCAGAAUACCCAUCAGUGUCAGGGACAGCAGCUCUCCCUGGGGACAGGGUGGGGGUAAGGGCUGUGGGAGAGGGGAUUGCAAAGAGCAGCUCCCAGGGGAGAGCAGCCUGGGGAGAGGGAUCCAGGGGAGUGGGAGAGCAAGGAACAGAGCAAGUAGAAGGACUGGGCUUGAAGAAAGAGCAGCUCUUGGACAUGGAGGUGCUUCAGAGUGCAGAGGACAGUGAGGGAAGGAGGAGGAGAGGGUUUGUAAGUGCAGAGGGAGCUGGGGCAGGUGGAGAAGGUGCAGCAGUGGCUUCAGAGCGAGGAGAGCGAGUGGGCAGCCUGGAGCAGGUCACACUGGCAGCCCCGAAGGAACCUGUGAGUGUGGCUGGAGGGAAGGCAGAGGUGGCUCCUACGGGGUCUAGAGACCCCCCUGGGGUUGGCAUCCCUGUGAAACCUGCAGCAGAUGAGCUUGCAGGUAAAACUGUCAAACCCACUGCAGGAGGGAGCCUGAGUCUGGGUGCAGAACGUCGGGAAAAAACAAGUGAAACGGAGCUGAAACCUCCCCAAAAGCAGAGGGGCAGGAAGAGGAAAACAAAGCAGAGGAGUGUCCCAGAAGGCAGCACUCAGCCAGAGAAACCCCCUGCAGAAAAGCAGUCCCUUCCUUCUCUGGUUUCCAAAGAAAUCCCAGGGAAAAAGGAGGAGGAGGAGGAGUUUGUGCCAGGCACAGCAGAAGCAGAACGUGAAAGCACGGCUGAGGUCAGUGCUGGGCUGGUGGGAGGCACAGCCCAGCUCAGGGGGAGCAGCAGGGAUGGGACAGGGAAGGAAACAGUUCCUGAGAAAGGGAAAGAAAACCUCAAAGGGGGGCAGGUGCUCCCUGUCCCCCCAGGACUAGGGGAAGCUCCAGAGGUGAUGAAAGGCGGGGUCAGAAGUGGUCAGGAUUCCUGGGUAGCGUUGAGGCUGGAGGAGAGGGUGACCCAGCAGGACACCGAGGUGGGGACCAGCAGUGCUGUGUCCGUCACAGCCCCUGCAGCAGAUCAGCUGCCCCGUGAGUCAAUUGUCAGGGAGGAACCCCGAGAAGUUCAGGAAUCCUCUGCAGUCCAUGACCCUGGAGAAGAGACACAGCAGGAGCCAACAGUGGUGAUGAGCACAGGCCAAGGAGAUGCCCCUGUUCCUCCAAAACCCCAAGGAGAAGCAGCCCAGGAGAGGCCCAGGCAGCCAGGGCCUGCUGACAGGGGCUUGCUCUUACCUGUGAUCAUGGAGGGGGAGCUGCUGGAAACCUCGAGGGAAUCCACCAGACCAGCCCAGAUCAUGUUCAGCAAGAAGAUGUGUCUGGAGCACGAUGAGAAGCUGAUCUCGUAUCUCUCCAUGCUCCGAGACAUCGAGAUGAGGAUCCAGCGGGUGCAGCCGGGGGAGCAGAACUUGGCAGCUCUGCAGGACCUGCAGCAGCAGGCACAGGCGCUGGGCGCUGAGCUGCAGGAGCUGAGCUUCCCAGUGAAUCAGGAGUUGGACGCUGUGAAGUGGAUUGUGGCCAACCCCCCUGAAGAAGUCCCUGAGCAAUUACUGAAGGCUUUGGAGAAGGAUGCCAAGAACCUCCAGAAGUCUCUGAGCUCUGCCAGUGAUGUCCUGGAGUCCCGGCUGCAAAACCUUCGCGGGGCAGCCGAAACUGAAAAGGCUAAAAUCCUGGCACAUUACGAGACUCUGCAGGGCAAGCUCCAGGAGCUGCUGAGCUGGGUCUCUGGCACCGCGGAGUCGCUGGACAGCAGCGAUUACACCCCUGGCACUGAUGCCAGCAGCCUGAGUCGCUGCCUCCAGCACUACAAGGAGCUGGAAGAGCCCCUCGCUCACACCAAGUCUCAGCUGGACGCCACGGCCUUCGCCAUCCAGCUCCUGAUCUCGGAGCACGCGCAGGACUUGUCCCCUGAGCAGAGCCGGCGGCUGCUGCGGCCGCUGGCCGAGCUGCAGGCGGCGUUCGGGGCGCUGCGGGAGCGCGCGGCGCGGCCGCAUCAGGCCAAGACGCUGCAGGAGCAGCAGGCAGCCCGGGCACAGAGCCUGGCCGAGCUGAGCCGCUGGCUGCACCAGGCAGAGGGCACACUGGCAGAGCAGCAGAGAGCAGCCAGCCAAGGGGACCUGCCCUCCUUGCAGCAGAGGCAAAGUGACGUUAAGGAGCUGCAGAGGGACAUGCACAGCCGGGCCGCCGCCUUCGCCGGCCUCCUCACCAGCACAGAGGAGUUCUUGGAGGAGAACAAGGCGAAGAUGGAGCCUGGGGAGCUGGCAGCACUGCAAGAGAAGCUCCAGCGUGCCAAAGAGCAGUACCAGUCCCUGCAGGAGAGGACGGAGACGGCCCAGAAGGAGCUGGAGAGUGCUGUGACUGCUGCAGUGCAGCAGGAGACUGAAAAGGUGAAAGCUGCCGAAGAGCUGGAGGAGAACAGCAGUAAGAUUGAUUCCCUUUUGAACUGGGUGGCAUCGCUGGAGCAGGACAGAGGGCUCCUGGAGUACAGAACUCACCCCAUCGAGCAAGUGCCAGGGGCACCAGGCACUGGGGAUGUCCCCGACAGCCACACUGUGGGAGCAGACGCUGCUGCUGAGAGCCUGGCGGAGCAGUACGAGAGUCUGAAGGCCCGGCACGAGGAGCUGCUGUCCCAGCAGCAGGACGUCAUCCUGGCCACGCAGGCGGCGCAGGCGUUCCUGGGCAGGCACGGCCCCGGGCUGGCGGCGGAGCAGCGAGCGCGGCUGCAGGCGCGGCUGGCGCAGCUGAGGGAGCGCUACCCGGCGGCGCUGGCGCGGGCGGAGCAGCGGCUCAAGCGGGCGCAGCUCCUGCGGGACGAGCUGCACAAGUUCCUGCGGGACCACGGCGAGCUGGAGGCGUGGCUGGCGCAGGCGGAGCGGGACCUGCGGGGCAUGGCCCGGGGCAGCAGCCGGCCCGGCGCCCUCCGGCAGCUGCUGCUGCGCCAGGGCAGCUUCUCCGAGGACGUCAUCUCCCACAAAGGCGACCUGCGCUUCGUCACCAUGUCGGGGCAGAAGGUGCUGGACGUGGAGGGAGCUGCUGGGGCCGAGGGCUCCCGGCUGCUGCUGCCCGGGAGCCUGGUGAGGAGCAAGCUGGAGGACGCCACGCGGCGCUACACGGCGCUGCACGCGCAGUGCACCAAGCUUGGCUCCCACCUCAACACCUUGCUGGAUCACUACCAGCAGUUCCAGGAGGUGGUGGAGUCUCUCAGGACGUGGCUGCAGGAGAGUGAAGCUGCUGUUGGGAAACUGCUCCUGGAGACGGUGUCUUCAGAUCCGGCUGUUCUGCAGCAGCAGCUCAGCAGCACUAAGCAGCUGCAGGGAGACCUCGCUGAGCAUCAGGUGCUGGUGGAGAAGCUCCAGAAAGCAGCUCGGUCCCUGCUGGAGGUGCAAGGGGAGCCAACCCUGGACCAUGGGCACAUUCAGGAAACAACAGAUGCCAUCGUGAGCCGCUUCCAGAGCCUCUCCCAGCAGAUGGCCGAGCGCUCAGACCUGCUGCAGAAAUCCAUUGCCCAGUCCCAGAGUGUCCAGGAGAGCCUGGAGAGCCUCGUGCAGGCAGUGGCUGAGAUCGAGAAGAACCUGGAGAGGGAGCAGCCGUCUGCACUCUCCUCUGUCUCCAUCCAGGACUCGCUCGCCACGAGUGUGAAGCUGCAGCAGGACAUCGCCCGGCAGAGGAGCUGCCUGGACGCCACCCGGGAGAUGGUGACGCGCUUCGUGGAGGCGGCCGACAGCCCCGCGGCCUCUGCCCUGCAGGCCAAGCUGGCAGAGGUGACAGAGCAGUUUGGCAGGCUGUGCCAGCAGCAGCAGGAGAGGGAGGAGGCGCUGAAGGGGCUGCUCCCCAAGGUGGAGCAGUACGAGCAGCUCUGGGAGAGGCUGCAGCAGUUCACGGAGAGCAGAGCGCGGGCGCUGGCGGCCGGCAACCAGCCCGAGCGGGACAUGGCUCGCUUCUCCCAGCACAUCCAGGAGCUGAAUUCGGAGAUGAGGCAGCACCAGGAGGACCUGGCCACCCUGGAGCAGCUGGCUGCAGAGCUGGGCUCCUGUGGCUUCGCCCCUGGUGCUUCCCAGCAGCAGGAGAAGCUGCAGAGCCUGAAAAAAGACUUCCUGCAGCUGCAGAAGGUGGCAAAAGAGAGAGAAAAGGAUGCAGCAUCCUGCCAGGAGCAACUGGAUGAGUUUCGGAAGCUGGUUGGGGCCGUGAGGAAGUGGCUGAGGGACAGCGAAGGCAAAGUGCCCCCCACUGAGACCUCCCUGGGCACCCAGGAGCUGCAGCAGCGCCAGCAGCACAUCCAGGAUCUCCUGGAGGAGUGGAAGGGGAAGGGGGCCCAGGUGGAGGAGAUCAGCCGCAGAGGGACCCUCCUGGAGAACCUGAUUGUGGAGAUUACAGCCCCUGAUGCCAAGGCAGGUGCCUCCCUGCCCGCCCCGGGAGGGUCAGUAGGCAGCGUGAACGGAUACCACACGUGCAAAGAUCUGACCGAGAUCCAGUGCGACGUGUCGGAUGUGACGCAGCAGUACCAGGCUCUGGGCACGGCGCUGCGGGAGCGGCAGCAGCAGCUCUCGGCCAUGCUGCAGAGGAUGCAGGAGGUGCAGGAGGAGGCCAGCUCCAUGCUGAAGUGGUUGGAGUCGAAGGAACAGACGCUGCUGGAGCUGGACACCUCCUCCUCACCCACCAAGACAGAGACAAUGAGAGCCCGGGCUGAGCACAACAAGGCGUUCCUGGCUGAAUUGGAACAGAAAUCAGAGAAGAUCCAGAAGGUAAAGGAAGCACUUUCUGGCUUGCUGGAGCAAUAUCCAGAUUCUCCAGAAGCAGUGAACUGGAAGAAGAUGCAGGAAGACCUGAAUUGCAGGUGGGAACGAGCCAGCCAGGCCACGGCCGAGCGGCAGCAGAAGCUGGAGCAGUCGGCGACCCAACUGGCCACCUUCCAGGCGGCUGAGGCCCAGCUGCGGCCCUGGCUGAUGGAGAAGGAGCUGAUGAUGAGCGUGCUGGGACCCCUCUCCAUCGACCCCAACAUGCUGAGUGCACAGAAGCAGCAGGUGCAGUUUAUGCUGAAGGAAUUUGAGGCUCGCAGGCAGCAGCACGAGCAGCUCAACCAGGCGGCUCAGAGCAUCUUGACUGGCCCUGGAGACGUCUCUGCAGCCACUGCCCAGGUGCGGGAGGAGCUCCAAGGGGUUAACCAGAAGUGGUCCGAGCUGACGGAGCGCCUCAACUCCCGCUCCAGCCAGAUUGACCAGGCCAUAGUGAAGAGCACCCAGUACCAGGAGCUCCUGCAGGGCCUGUCUGAGAAGGUGAAGGCGGUGGGGCAGCGCCUGAGCAGCCAGUCUGCCCUCAGCACCCAGCCUGAGGCCGUCAAACAGCAGCUGGAGGAGACCAGCGAGAUCCGCUCGGACCUGGGGCAGCUGGAGGAGGAGAUUGCAGAGGCUCAGACCCUCUGUGACGACCUCUCUGUCCUGAUCGGGGAGCAGUACCUCAAGGAUGAGCUGAGGAAACGCCUGGAGACGGUGGCACUUCCCCUCAAAGGCCUGGAAGACCUGGCAGCCGACAGGAUGAACCGACUGCAGACCGCGCUCGCCAGCUCCCAGCAGUUCCAGCACAUGUUUGAUGAACUCAGGACCUGGCUGGAUGACAAACUGUGCCAGCAAGCUCAGAGCCAGCCCGUUUCUGCUAAACUGGAGAGGCUACAGAGCCAAAUUCAGGAGCAAGAAGAGUUCCAGAAGAGCCUCAACCAACACAGUGGCUCCUACGAGAUGAUUGUAGCUGAGGGAGAGUCUUUGCUGCUUUCUGUCCAGCCUGGGGAGGAGAAGACCACUCUGCAGAACCAGUUGGUCAGCCUCAAAACACACUGGGAAGAGCUGAGCAAGCAGGCUGCAGACAGGCACUCCAAGCUCAAGGACUGUUUGCAGAAAGCUCAGAAGUACCAAAGGCACACAGAGGACCUGCUGCCAUGGGUGGAGGACUGCAAGGCAAAGAUGUCAGAGCUGGAGGUAACUCUGGAUGCAGUGCAGCUGGAGGCGACUCUCCUGAGGUCCAAGGCUCUGCUGAGUGACGUGGAGAAGCGCCGCUCCGUGCUGGAGAUGCUCAACAGCGCCGCCGACGUCCUGAUCGACGCUGCCCAGGCUGACGAGGAUGACAUCCGGGAUGAGAAGGCUGGCAUCAACCAGAGCAUGGAUGCCAUCACCGAGGAGCUGCAAGCCAAGGCUGGCUCCAUUGAAGAGAUGUCCCAGAGGCUCAAGGAGUUUCAGGAGAGCUUCAAGAACAUCGAGAAGAAGCUGGAAGGGGCGAAGCACCAGCUGGAGAUCUACGAGGCGCUGGGGCCGCAAGCCUGCAGCAACAAGAACCUGGAGAAGCUCAGGGCACAGCAGGACGUGCUGCAGGCCCUGGGGCCGCAGGUGGAUUACCUGAAGAACUUCACUCGAGGGCUGGUGGAAGACGCCCCGGAUGGCUCUGACUGUUCCCAGCUCCUGAGCCAAGCCGAGGUGGCUCAGCAGGACUUCAGAGCCGUGAAGCAGAAGGUGAGCGACUGCUGUACCCUCAUGGAAAGCAAGCUGGAGGGGAUCGGGCAGGUCAGCGGCAGGGUGAGGGAGAUGUUCUCCCAGCUGGCGGAUCUGGACGACGAGCUGGACAGCACGGGCCCCGUCGGCAGGGACGCAGACAGCCUGCGGUCCCAGGCAGAGGACGCCCGCUCCUUCCUGGGCAAGCUGCACGGGCUGAGGUCGGACAUCGAAGCUUCUGAAAGCGAGUGCAAGAGGAUGCUGGAGGACGAGGGGAGCCCCGACCUGCUGGGGCUGAGGCGCGAGCUGGAGACGCUGAGCAAACAGUGCAGCAAGCUGACGGAGAGGGGCAGGAGCCGGCUGGAGCAGGUGGAGACGACGCUGCGCCGUGUCGAGGACUUCUACGGCAGGCUGAAGGAGCUGAGCCACAUGACAGCCGCGGCCGAGGAGAGCGAGGCCUUGCAGUGGCUGGUGGGAACGGAGGUGGAGACCAUCAACCAGCAGCUGGCCGACUUCAAGCUGUUCCAGAAGGAGCAAGUGGAUCCUCUCCAGCUAAAACUACAGCAAGUCAAUGGAGUUGGCCAAGGACUCAUCCAAAGUGCCGGGAAAAACUGUGAUGUCCAAGGGCUGGAGCAUGACAUGGAGGAAAUCAACACCCGCUGGAACACCCUCAACAAGAAGGUGGCCCAGAGAGUUGCUCAGCUGCAAGAGGCCCUGUUGCACUGCGGGAAGUUCCAGGACGCCCUGGAGCCGCUGCUGAGCUGGCUCACAGACACCGAGGAGCUCAUCGCCAACCAGAAGCCUCCCUCGGCAGAGUACAAGGUGGUGAAAGCUCAGAUCCAGGAGCAGAAGCUGCUCCAACGGCUCCUGGACGACCGCAAAGCCACGGUUGAGAUGAUCCAAGCAGAGGGCGGCAGGAUCGCGCAGGCGGCCGAGCCCAUGGACCAGGACAAGAUCGUGGCGCAGCUGGAGAGCCUGGGCGGGCGCUGGGCAGGGCUGCUGGGCAGGGCAGCGGGCAGGCAGAAGCAGCUGGAGGACAUCUUGGUGCUGGCAAAGCAGUUCCACGAGACCACGGAGCCGGUGUCAGACUGGCUGUCGGUGACAGAGAAGAAGCUGUCGAGCUCCGAGCCCAUCGGCACCCAGACUGCCAAGAUCCAGCAGCAGAUCAGCCGGCACAAGGCUCUAGAGGAAGAGAUAGAGAGCCACUCGGCCGCCGUGUCUCGGGCGCUGGCGGUGGGGCAGAGCCUCUCCUCCCUGAGCUGUGCCGCCGAGCAGGGGCUGCUGGCAGAGAAGCUGGAGUCUCUGCAGAGCCGCUACGGCGAGGCGCGCGGCCGGGGCCGCCGCAAGGCAGCGCUGCUGGAGCAGGCGCUGGCUAACGCCCGGCUCUUUGGGGAGGAGGAGGUGGAAGUGCUCAACUGGCUGGCUGAGGUGGAGGACAAGCUCAGCUCGGUGUCGGUUCGGGAUUACGAGCGGGACGUCCUGCAGAAGCAGCAUUCCGACCAGAUGGCUUUGAAUGAGGAAAUUGUGAACAGGAAGAAGAACGUGGACCAAGCCAUCAGAAACGGGCAGGCUCUCCUGAAGCAAACCACAGGGGAGGAGGUGCUGCUGAUCCAGGAGAAGCUGGACGGAAUCAAGACGCGCUACUCGGACAUCACGGCCGCCAGCUCCAAGGCGCUGCGCACGCUGGAGCAGGCGCGGCAGCUGGCCACCAAGUUCCAGUCCACGCACGAGGAACUGACCACAUGGAUGAGCAACGUGGAGGAAGAGCUGAGUGCCAGCGGGGGACAGUCCCCUGCCAGCGAGCAGAUCCCCCAGUUCCAGCAGAGGCAGAAGGAGCUGAAGAAGGAGGUGAUGGAGCACAGGCUCGUGCUGGACACGGUGAACGAGGUGAGCCGAGCGCUGCUGGAGCUGGUUCCCUGGCGAGCCCGCGAGGGGCUGGACAAGCUGGUGUCGGACACCAACGAGCGCUACAGGCUGGUCAGCGACACCGUCAAGCAGAGGGUGGAAGAGAUCGAUGCUGCUAUUCAGAGAUCUCAGCAGUACGAGCAGGCGGCUGAUGCAGAGCUGGCCUGGGUGGCCGAGACCAAGCGGAAGCUGAUGGCUCUGGGGCCCAUCCGCCUGGAGCAAGACCAGACAACUGCUCAGCUGCAGGUGCAGAAGGCUUUUUCCAUCGACAUUAUUCGGCACAAAGACUCCAUGGAUGAGCUGUUCAGCCAGCGCAACGAGAUCUUUGGGACGUGUGGGGAGGAACAAAAAGCUGCUCUCCAGGAGAAAACCGAGUCCCUGGUGCAGCAGUACGAGGCCGUGAGCCAGCUCAACUCGGAGCGUUACGCUCGCCUGGAGCGCGCCCAGGUCCUGGUCAACCAGUUCUGGGAGACCUACGAGGAGCUGAACCCGUGGAUUGAGGAGACACAGGCCCUCAUCUCCCAGCUGCCCCCUCCAGCCAUCGACCACGAGCAGCUCAAGCAGCAGCAGGAGGACAUGAGGCAACUGAGAGAAUCCAUUGCUGAACAUAAGCCUCAUAUUGACAAGCUGCUGAAAAUUGGACCUCAGCUCAAGGACCUCAACCCUGAGGAAGGGGAGAUGGUGCAGAAAAAAUACUCGACAGCUGAGGCCAUGUAUGCCAAAAUCAAGGAGGAGGUGUGCCAGCGGGCUCUGGCGCUCGACGAAGCCGUCUCACAGUCCACCCAGUUCCACGACAAGAUGGAGCCCAUGCUGGAGGCGCUGGAGGCGCUCUCGUCCCGCCUGCGCCUGCCCCCGCUCAUCCCCGCCGAGGUCGAGAAGAUCCGGGAGUGCAUCAGCGAGAACAAGAACGCGGGCGUGGAGCUGGAGAAGCUGCAGCCGUCCUUCGAGGCCCUGAGGCGCCGCGGGGAGGAGCUGAUCAGCCGCUCGCAGGGCGCCGACAAGGACCUGGCGGCGAAAGUAAUCCAGGACAAGUUGGACCAGAUGGUCUUCUUCUGGGAAGACAUCAAAGCUCGGGCAGAGGAACGUGAGAUGAAGUUCCUUGAUGUCCUGGAGCUGGCAGAGAAGUUCUGGUACGACAUGGCAGCCCUCCUGACUACCAUCAAAGACACACAGGACAUCGUCCACGACCUGGAGAGCCCAGGCAUUGACCCCUCCAUCAUCAAGCAGCAGGUCGAAGCGGCAGAGACCAUUAAGGAGGAGACGGAUGGUUUGCACGAGGAGCUGGAGUUCAUCCGGCUCCUUGGGACUGAUUUGAUUUUUGCCUGUGGUGAAACUGAGAAGCCAGAAGUGAAGAAGAGCAUUGAUGAGAUGAACAACGCGUGGGAAAACCUAAACAAAACGUGGAAGGAGAGGCUCGAGAAGCUGGAGGAAGCCAUGCAGGCGGCUGUGCAGUACCAGGACACGCUGCAGGCCAUGUUUGACUGGCUGGAUAACGCCGUGAUCAAGCUCUGCAACUUGUCUCCUGUGGGCACUGACCUCAACACGGUGAAGGAGCAAAUGAACGAGAUGAAGGAGUUUAAAAUGGAGGUUUACCAGCAGCAGAUUGAGAUGGAAAAGCUUAACCACCAAGGUGAACUGAUGCUAAAAAAAGCUACAGAUGAGACGGACAGAGACAUCAUAAAGGAACCACUGACAGAGCUGAAGCAUCUUUGGGAAAAUCUGGGCGAGAAAAUUGCUCACAGACAGCACAAGUUAGAAGCUGCUCUGCUGGCACUGGGCCAGUUCCAGCACGCGUUGGCGGAGCUGAUGGCCUGGCUGACCCACACUGAGGAGCUGCUUGACGCCCAAAAACCCAUCAAUGGAGACCCCAAAGUCAUCGAGGUUGAGCUGGCGAAGCACCACGUGCUGAAGAACGACGUCCUGGCCCACCAAGCGACCGUGGAGACGGUGAACAGAGCGGGGAACGAGCUGCUGGAGUCGAGCGCCGGGGACGACGCCAGCAGCCUGCGGAGCCGCCUGGAGAAGCUCAACUCCUGCUGGGAGUCGGUGCUGCAGAAGACAGAGGAGAGGGAGCAGCAGCUCCAGUCCACCCUGCAGCAGGCCCAGGGUUUCCAUGGUGAGAUUGAAGACUUCCUCCUGUGGCUAACGAGGAUGGAGAGCCAAUUGUCAGCAUCCAAACCCACAGGAGGGUUGCCAGAAACCGCCCGGGAACAGCUCAAUGCCCACAUGGAGCUGUACAGCCAGCUCAAAGCCAAGGAGGACGUGUACAGCCAGCUGCUGGCCAAGGGGCGACUGAUGCUGCUGAACCGCGACGACUCAGGCUCUGGCUCGAAGACGGAGCAGAGCGUAGCGCUGCUGGAGCAGAAGUGGUGCCUGGUCAGCACCAAGAUGGAGGAGAGGAAGGCGAAGCUGGAGGAGGCCCUGGCCCUGGCCACAGACUUCCAGAACUCCCUCCAGGACUUCAUCAACUGGCUGACACUGGCUGAGCAGAGCCUGAACAUCGCUCCCCCAGCCAGCCUCAUCCUCAGCGCCGUGCUGGCCCAGGUCGACGAGCACAAGGUGUUUGCCAACGAGGUGAACGCUCACCGGGAUCGGAUCAUCGAGCUGGAUCAGACUGGGAACCAGCUCAAGUUUCUCAGUCAGAAGCAGGACGUGGUGCUGAUCAAGAACCUGCUGGUGAGCGUCCAGUCGCGCUGGGAGAAGGUCGUGCAGCGCUCGGUGGAGCGGGGCCGGGCUCUGGAUGAUGCCAGGAAGCGAGCCAAGCAGUUCCACGAAGCUUGGAAGAAACUGAUUGACUGGCUGGAGGAUGCAGAGAAUCACCUGGACUCAGAGCUGGAGAUUUCCAAUGAUCCCGAUAAAAUCAAGCUCCAGCUCUCCAAGCACAAGGAGUUCCAGAAGACCCUGGGAGGGAAGCAGCCUGUCUAUGACACCACCAUCAGAACAGGCAGAGCCCUCAAAGAAAAAGCCUUGCUGCCAGAUGACACUCAAAAGCUGGACAACUUACUGGGAGAGGUGCGGGAUAAGUGGGACACGGUGUGUGGCAAAUCCGUGGAGAGGCAGCACAAGCUGGAAGAAGCCCUCUUGUUCUCUGGCCAGUUCAUGGAUGCGCUGCAGGCCUUGGUGGACUGGCUCUACAAGGUGGAACCUCAGUUAGCUGAAGACCAGCCUGUCCAUGGGGACCUGGAUCUGGUCAUGAACCUGAUGGAUGCUCACAAGGUGUUCCAGAAGGAGCUGGGGAAGCGCACGGGCACAGUGCAGGUGCUGAAGCGCUCCGGGCGGGAGCUCAUCGACAACAGCCGCGACGACACGACGUGGGUGAAGGUGCAGCUGCAGGAGCUCAGCAACCGCUGGGACACGGUGUGCAAGCUGUCUGUGUCCAAACAGACCCGCCUGGAACAGGCCUUGAAGCAGGCAGAGGAGUUCAGGACGGCCGUGCACGUGCUGCUGGAGUGGCUGUCGGAGGCAGAGCAGUCGCUGCGCUUCCGGGGAGCGCUGCCCGACGACGCCGAGGCCUUGCAGUCCCUCAUCGAUGCACACAAGGAGUUCAUGAAGAAAGUGGAGGAGAAGAGAGUGGACGUGAACGCGGCGGUGGGCAUGGGGGAGAGCAUCCUGGCCGCCUGCCAUCCCGACUGCAUCACCACCAUCAAGCACUGGAUCACCAUCAUCCGAGCCAGGUUUGAGGAGGUCCUGACGUGGGCGAAGCAGCACCAGCAGAGGCUGGAGUCGGCGCUCUCUGAGCUGGUGGCAAACGCAGAGCUGCUGGAAGAGCUCCUGGCGUGGAUCCAGUGGGCUGAGACAACCCUGAUCCAGCGGGACCAGGAGGCCAUGCCCCAGAAUAUCGAUCAGGUCAAAGCCCUCAUCUCUGAACACCAGUCCUUCAUGGAGGAGAUGACACGGAAGCAGCCAGACGUGGACAGGGUCACGAAGACGUACAAGAGGAAAGCGACUGAGCCCCCCCACGGGCCCUUCGGCGACAAGUCCCGCAGCAACAGGAAAUCCCUGAGUCAGGCCGCUCCCCCCACCAUGCCCAUCAUCUCCCAGUCAGAAACCAAGAACCCGCGGCUGAACCAGCUGUCUGCCCGCUGGCAGCAGGUCUGGCUGCUGGCGCUGGAGCGGCAGCGCAGGCUCAACGACGCGCUGGACAGGCUGGAGGAGCUGAAGGAGUUUGCAAACUUCGACUUCGAUGUCUGGAGGAAGAAGUACAUGCGCUGGAUGAACCACAAGAAAUCGCGCGUCAUGGACUUCUUCCGGCGCAUCGACAAGGACCAGGACGGGAAGAUCACCCGGCAGGAGUUCAUCGACGGCAUCCUGGCCUCCAAAUUCCCCACCACGAAGCUGGAGAUGACAGCAGUGGCCGACAUCUUCGACCGUGACGGCGACGGCUACAUCGAUUACUACGAGUUUGUGGCCGCUCUGCACCCCAACAAGGACGCCUACAGACCCACCACCGACGCCGACAAGAUCGAAGACGAGGUCACCAGGCAAGUGGCCCAGUGCAAGUGUGCCAAGAGAUUCCAAGUGGAGCAGAUCGGCGAGAACAAAUACCGGUUCUUCCUCGGCAAUCAGUUCGGCGACUCGCAGCAGCUGCGGCUGGUCCGGAUCCUGCGCAGCACCGUCAUGGUCCGUGUGGGUGGAGGCUGGAUGGCCCUGGAUGAGUUCUUGGUGAAGAACGACCCUUGCAGAGCGCGGGGCCGCACCAACCUGGAGCUGCGCGAGAAGUUCAUCCUGCCCGAGGGCGCGUCGCAGGGCAUGACGCCGUUCCGCUCGCGCGGCCGCAGGUCCAAACCCUCGUCCCGAGCGGCCUCCCCGACGCGCUCCAGCUCCAGCGCCAGCCAGAGCAACCACAGCUGUGCCUCCAUGCCGUCCUCCCCCGCCACCCCCGCCAGCGGAGCCAAGACUCCACAUCACUUCUCUCGAUGUUAUGACAAACCCUGGUUGAUAAACAGUAAAGCGGGCACCCCCCUGAGGGGAUCCGAUUGUCCCGACUUCCAGCUCCCGAGCGCUGAGGUGACUCCCUCCACGGGCAGCAAGCUGAAGCGACCCACCUUCCACUCCAGCCGAACCUCCCUGGCUGGGGACACCAGUAACAGCUCCUCACCCGUCUCUACAGGUGCCAAAACCAGUCGGGCAGACCCCAAGAAGGCCGCCAGCCGCCCCACGAGCCGCGCCGGGAGCCGCACGGGCAGCCGGGCCAGCAGCCGCCGCGGCAGCGACGCCUCCGACUUCGACCUGCUGGAGACGCAGUCGGCGUGCUCCGACACCUCGGAGAGCAGCGCGGCCGGCGGGCGCCGCGCCAUGGCCAAGCCCUCCAAAAUCCCAACCAUGUCCAAGAAAUCCACCACUGCCACCCCGAAAACGCCGGGCCCCAAGAGAUAAUACUGUACCCACGCCCUCCCGAGCCAGGGGAGACCCGAGCCGUGCCCCGUUUUUAGCCCUGCUCCGUACAUUGGAUGUAUAUUUAUUCUAAAUGGGAGAAGCUAUAUUGUUAAAAGUGUAAAAGAAAAGUUGUGUUAUGCAGCUGCCUUAUUUGGGGUUGGGGUUUUUUUUGGGGGGGGGUAGGGGAAGGAUUUUGGUUGGGUUCUGGUUUGGUUUUUUUCUCCUUUUUUUGUAAGUUACUAUUUUCAUGUGAAUAUUUAUGUAGAUAAAAAGUUGCCUCUGGGUGCCCCCUGUUCAGAGAGGGGCCUGGAAAGCUGCAACAGGGGAGAGGAAACAAAACACUGAGCAAAAAAACAAGAAAAAGAAGUAAAAAAAAAAAAGGAAGUUAAAAAAAAAAAGGAAAGGUCAAGAUGUGAAAGUGUAAAGAAAAAACUGAGCUAUAAAUAGGAUUUGUGCAGGGUGCAAACCUGCUUUAUCUUUUAGGAUUGUUUCCUAAAUGCAUCUUUAUAAACUUAACUUGCUGUCUCAGCAAGGUAAAUUAUAUUUAAAAAGCAAAGACCUGAAUCCUCCAGUGUUCAAGGAACUCUCUUUUUGUAAAUCACAGAUACCUCAACCAGAGGAACGUGAGGUGAGGGGACUUGGGGCUGAUGUUUCCAUUUCUUUUUUAAAGCGAUGUGGUUUUACCUGAAGAAAGUGGAGUUUGACUCAAUAAAAUUUGCACACACUACGGCCAAGGUCCUGUCCUGACAAUACUGUCCCGACACGUGUGUUUGUGUAAAGAACAAAGAGCCUGGUGCUGGUGGGUGUGGGGAGGGGGCUCCCGCUGGAGCUGCCCAGGGCAGAGCAGGGGGUGAGCUGCAGGUCUGGAUCACACAGGCUCGAGGGUUCCUGUGGCUCGGUGGCCCAAGAGCCCGCCUCGAGCUGCUCCUCACACAGUCGCUGUUUAGCUGCAUCUCUCUCUCUCUCUCUCUCUCUUUUGGGUUGGCUUUUUUCCCCUAUUUAUUAUUUAACUGGUCAUUCCACUUCCAGCCAGGCUGAGGCUGAUGUGACCUCUGCUCCUAGGAGAGAUGCGGACUCACACGCACAGUUGCUUGUCCUUGAGAUGAGUCUCACCAGCACACUUGCUACAAGCCCCGUCUCGCUUUUGUACCCUCCUUUGUUAAUGAAACCCGACUGACCGAGUGAGCAGGAGAGAGCCCGGGGCAGGAGCUCUGCACAGCUCCUCUAUUUAUUACACGCUGUUCCCCUCCGGCUCUGACCGUGUUGCUGUGUGAUUCUCUCAAUUGGUUGAAAUUGAGGCAAAACUGAAGCUCUACCAAUGAAUUGUUUAAAAAAACAGACACAUUUUUGUAUUAAAAUUGCUUGCAGUACCAACCAA